AAAAGAGAGUGACUCCAUAGACAAAGCUCAGGAAGACCUAGAUGCACAUGGUCCAAUGGAAGAUGCGUGGGCACAACUUUGUCAUCAUACCUGACCUUUUUCCCAAGGAAAUCUAUUCAUUACAGGAUAAUUCUCAUAACAUGCCAAAGGAAGAAGCCAUGGCUCUACUACGUUCAAUGAAUGAGACACAGUCCCAGAUAUUUUAUAAAAUCCGACACUGGUGUUUACAAAAGGCACGUGGUGAUACUCCAGAACCCUUUCAUGUGUUUAUAUCAGGCCCUGGAGGUGUAGGGAAAUCUAUGCUGAUUAAAGCAAUACAUUAUGAAGCACAUCGUAUCCUAUCUCGCUUAUCAAAUAAUCCUGAUGACACACGUGUGUUACUGACAGCUCCAACUGGUGUAAGUGCUUAUAACAUUAAUGCUGCAACAAUACAUACUUCUUUAGCUAUUGGUACAGAUGUAAAGCUACCAUAUCAACCACUGGGAGAUGAGAAAAUUAAUUCUCUGAGAACAAAGUGGAACCUGGAUAUAUUAAUUAUUGAUGAAAUUUCAAUGGUUGAUCACAAACUCCUUGCAUAUGUUCAUGGCAGACUGAGGCAGAUCAAACAAACUGGAGAUUAUUCACCUUUUGGAAAGGUUUCUAUCAUCGCAGUUGGAGACUUUUAUCAGCUCAAUCCAGUUAAGGGUAAAGCUUUAUAUGCUGAUCAUGUGGGAAUGAAUCUGUGGCAAGACCAUUUUGCUUUGGCUGAGUUGACUCAGAUAAUGAGACAGAAAGAUGUGGAAUUCGCACAGUUGCUCAAUCGAUUAAGGAAACGACAGAAGUCUCAUCCAUUGCUGGAAAAAGAUAUAAGUAUGCUGAAACAGUGUGAAACUGGUGAAGAACACAUGACUUCCAAUUUGCAUAUUUAUGCCACAAAUAAUGAAGUUGAUGACCACAAUAGAGAAAUGCCUCACAAGACAUACAAAGAUACUAUAGUUAUUCGAGCACAAGAUUAUGAGAGAGACCCGAAAACUGGACACUUUCAAAAAGUAAAGGGCCACCACAGCAAUGUUUGCAAGACAUGUCUUUCACGAUCACUUCACAUUGCAGUUAAUGCAAGAGUCAUGCUCCUUAAAAACAUUGAUGUUUCAGAUGGACUUGUGAAUGGUGCUUUUGGUACAGUUAGUGAUAUACAUUUUAAUCCUGGAGAAGAUUUCCCAUCAAAAGUAUAUGUGACAUUUGACAAUGAAAGAGCUGGUAGAGGCUUACGAGCAAAACGGCCAUCCUUAAACCCAGGACUGGAAAAGGCUACACCAAUUGAACCAGAAGAAGAGAGAGUCACAAGACGUGGUGGCAUACGACGACAAUUUCCCCUGAAAUUAUCUUGGGCUUGCACUAUUCACAAAGUACAAGGUCUAACUGUGGAUAAAGCUGUUGUGUCACUUAAAAAGAUAUUUGCACCUGGACAAGCAUAUGUGGCAUUAAGUCGUGUGACUUCUCUGGAAGGUCUCAUUAUAGAAGAUUUCAAGGAAACAGCUAUUUAUGCAAAACCUGAUAUAGAAAGUUUCAUGCAAACUAUGCCCGCAUUUGUGGAGCCACUUAGAGAAACACAUCGGUCAUCAUUAUCAUGUAAAGCACUUCUGCACAAUGUUCAAGGGUUGUCAUGUCACCUGGAAGACAUAAAACAAGACAAAAGGUAUAUGGAAGCUGAUAUUAUUUGCAUGACAGAAACAUGGAUACAGUCAAGUCAUACUGAAAAUGAUCUACAAAUAAGUGGAUUUUCAUUCUGCAACAGCCCAAGGUCUGUUUCAUAUGACAAAAGUGAGGAACUCUUUGCUAAGUUGCAAGAAAAAGAACAUGGUGGUGUUGGUGUGUAUUACAAAACACAGAUUUACCCUGUAUGAACACAGAGUGCAUGCAGUUUACUAUUCCCCACCUGAA